CAAAAUCAGAUAAAUUAUCGUCGAUUGAACAUGUUAUGCUUGGAUAUGCAAAAACAAUAGACAGGUUUUCUGAGCGACGUAAAAUUAUAACAAAAAUGAAAAUAGCUCAAGUUAUGAUGGAAGCGGAAUUGGAAGAAGAGCAAGAACGUAGUCUACAACGAGAAACAACACUGCGAUCUUACUACACCACUGAGCCUAACACAAGCCAAAAUGAUCGUUGUAUGUCUCAACAAUCAUGUUAUUCUCGUAGUGAGCCUAACACAAGCCAAAAUGAUCGUUGUAUGUCUCAACAAUCAUGUUAUUCUCGUAGUGAGCCUAACACAAGCCAAAAUGAUCGUUGUAUGUCUCAACAAUCAUGUUAUUCUCGUAGUCCCCAGUCUACUAAUGAUUCUGAACUGCAGUCUGCUCUGCGUUGUAUUCAAGAUAAUGCUCUAUCACCUCUAGCACCUUCACUGACUGGAGAAGGUCUCGAUUACGAACACGAAAUAGAUUACGAUCAACAGAAACACUCAGAAAUCUAAUAAGAAGGUUUUAGGUUAAGAUAAAAGUUGUGUUAAUAUUGUAAAAAAUCAAAGUUCCUUCCUAGUUAUCUAAAAUAAAGAUUUUCGUCAAUUAAUA